GAGUGGGAGAUGCUCGCGAGAGGAGUGGUGAGGGAGCGAGGGAGAAGAUAACAUCGCAGGGUGCGCGCCGCUCCGCCUUGCCCUGCGGCGCGCCCGCAACAUGUCGGCCCCGGCGGCGGCUGCCGCCUCUGCGGGGCGGGGAAGCGGCUCCGGCUCCUCGCGGGGCUUUUACUUCAACACGGUGCUGUCGCUUUCCCGCUCGCUGGCCGUGCAGAGACCCGCUCCCCUGGAGAAGGUGCAGAAGCUGCUAUGUAUGUGCCCUGUGGAUUUCCAUGGGAUUUUCCAGCUAGAUGAGCGCCGCAGAGAUGCUGUGAUUGCUUUGGGAAUUUUUCUCAUUGAGUCUGACCUUCAGCACAAAGAUAGUGUGGUUCCUUAUCUUCUCCGGCUUCUGAGGGGUCUUCCCAAAGUACAAUGGAUAGAAGAAAGCACUGCACGAAAAGGCAGAGGCAUGCUUCCAGUUGCAGAAAACUUCAGCUUCUGCUUGGUGACUUUGUUGUCAGAUGUUGCCUAUAGGGAUGCCACUCUUAGAGAACAGGUUUUAGAGGCAAUUCUGCAAGUGAUGCAGUUCCUGCUAGGAAUGUGCCAGUCCCCACAAAACCAGGAGAAAGAAUACUUGUGCAAAUAUGCAGUGCCGUGCCUGAUUGGAAUUUCACGAGCAUUUGGUCGCUACAGCAAUUCAGAAGAGUCUCUCCUCUCAAAGCUUUUCCCUAAAGCUCCUCCACAUUCCCUGAAAGUCCCAGAAGAACUUGAAGGAAUUCGCAGACGUUCUUUUAAUGAUUUUAGGUCAAUUCUUCCCAGCUCUCUUCUCACAGUCUGUCAAGAAGGAUCCUUAAAGAGAAAGACCAGCAGUGUGUCCAGCAUCUCACAGGUCAGUCCUGAACGUGGAAUUCCCCCUCCCAGCUCCCCUGGAGGAUCUGCCAUUCAUUACUUUGAAGGGUCUUACCUACCUGAUGGGAGUGCAUUGGACCCUGAUUAUUACUUCUCUACAAUCAGUUCUAGCUUCUCAGUUUCUCCUCUCUUUAAUGGUAUUAGUAACAAGGAAUUUGAUAUUCCAUUGGAAAUGCUUCGCCAGCUGCUGCUCAUGGUGAAACAGAUUGUUGGGGAUUCUGUUCUCAAAAACUUAGAUGCAGUUGUAGAUGAAGUUGCAGAGAUAAGUCCUAAUGCAGAUCUCUAUUAUAAAACAUUCAGUGACCCUUUUUACCUUGCCCAGUUUAAAAUGUUAAGAGACACGUUAUACAACAUGAAAGAUCUUCCAAACUCAUUUGUUAAGGAAAUCCAUGAUUUUGUGCUGGAACAGUUCAAUAGUAGCCAGUCAGAGCUUCAGAAAAUCCUGCAUGAUGUAGAUCGGCUACACAAUGAACUGAGCCCUCUGAAAUUGCGUUGCCAGGCUAAUGCAGCCUGUGUGGAUCUCAUGGUGUGGGCUGUGAAAGAUGAGCAAGGUGCAGAAAACCUGUGCAUCAAAUUGUCGGAAAAGUUGCAGUCCAAGACCUCCAGCAAAGUCAUCAUUGCUCACUUGCCGCUGCUGAUCUGCUGCUUGCAGGGUCUAGGUCGUUUGUGUGAGAGGUUCCCUGUUGUAGUUCAUUCUGUGACUCCAUCUUUGAGGGACUUCCUCGUUAUUCCUUCCCCAGUGUUGGUAAAACUUUACAAGUACCACAGCCAGUAUCACACAGUAGGUGGCAAUGACAUCAAAAUCAGCGUAACAAAUGAGCAUUCAGAGUCCACUCUAAAUGUAAUGCCCGGCAAGAAAAGUCAACCAUCCAUGUAUGAACAGCUUCGAGACAUUGCCAUAGACAACAUCUGCAGGUGCUUGAAAGCUGGCCUGACUAUAGACCCGGUGAUUGUUGAGGCUUUCCUAGCCAGUUUGUCUAACCGUCUGUACAUCUCACAGGAGAGUGACAAGGAAGCCCAUUUGAUUCCUGACCACACAAUUCGAGCUCUGGGGCACAUUGCAGUGGCACUUAGGGACACUCCCAAAGUGAUGGAACCUAUCCUGCAGAUCCUGCAGCAGAAGUUCUGCCAGCCACCAUCUUCACUUGACGUACUCAUCAUUGACCAGCUGGGCUGCUUAGUUAUCACUGGAAAUCAAUAUAUUUACCAGGAGGUAUGGAAUCUAUUCCAGCAAAUCAGUGUAAAAGCAAGCUCAGUUGUUUACUCUGCCACUAAAGAUCACAAGGAUCAUGGAUACAGACACUGUUCCUUAGCUGUCAUUAAUGCCUUGGCUAACAUAGCUGCUAACAUUCAGGGAGAACACCUUGUGGAUGAAUUACUAAUGAAUUUGCUGGAACUGUUUGUACAGCUUGGACUGGAAGGAAAGAGAGCCAGUGAGAGAGCAAGUGAAAAGGGGCCAGCACUAAAAGCCUCCAGUAGUGCAGGGAACCUGGGAGUGCUUAUUCCUGUUAUUGCUGUGCUCACCAGACGUUUGCCACCCAUCAAGGAGGCCAAACCCAGGUUACAGAAGCUCUUCCGUGAUUUUUGGCUGUAUUCGGUGCUUAUGGGAUUUGCUGUGGAGGGAUCAGGUCUUUGGCCAGAAGAGUGGUAUGAAGGGGUAUGUGAGAUAGCCACUAAGUCUCCACUGCUCACGUUUCCCAGCAAAGAACCUCUUCGAUCUGUCCUUCAGUACAACUCUGCCAUGAAAAAUGACACAGUGACUUCUGCUGAACUGAAUGAGUUACGGAGCACUAUCAUAAAUCUCUUGGAUCCUCCUCCAGAAGUGUCUGCUCUGAUCAAUAAGCUGGACUUCGCUAUGUCUACCUAUCUACUGUCUGUUUACCGUCUAGAGUAUAUGAGGGUAUUGCGUUCAACAGACCAAGAUCGCUUCCAAGUGAUGUUUUGCUAUUUUGAGGAUAAAGCUAUUCAAAAAGACAAAUCUGGGAUGAUGCAGUGUGUGAUAGCUGUUGCAGAUAAGGUGUUUGAAGCUUUCCUUACAAUGAUGGCUGAUAAAGCUAAAACUAAAGAGAAUGAAGAGGAGCUGGAGAGACAUGCUCACUUUCUGCUAGUGAAUUUUAACCACAUUCACAAGAGGAUCAGGAGGGUUGCAGACAAAUACUUAUCUGGUCUUGUAGAUAAGUUCCCCCAUUUACUGUGGAGUGGAACUGUGCUCAAGACCAUGUUAGAUAUCCUCCAGACACUGUCACUCUCUCUCAGUGCGGACAUUCACAAGGACCAACCAUACUAUGACAUUCCAGACACCCCGUAUAGAAUCACUGUCCCUGAUACAUAUGAAUCAAGAGAGAGUAUAGUGAAGGAUUUUGCUGCCCGGUGUGGGAUGAUUCUUCAAGAAGCAAUGAAAUGGGCCCCUUCUGUCACAAAGUCCCACCUUCAGGAGUACCUAAACAAACAUCAGAAUUGGGUGUCAGGCUUGUCUCAGCACACCGGGCUGGCUAUGGCUACAGAAAGCAUUCUCCACUUUGCAGGCUACAACAGACAAAACACCACCCUGGGGGCAACCCAGCUAACUGAAAGACCAGCCUGUGUGAAGAAAGAUUACUCCAACUUUAUGUCUUCUCUUAACUUGCGCAAUCGCUAUGCAGGAGAGGUGGCUGGAAUGAUUCAUUUCUCAAAUGCUACAGGUCGGGUAUCUGACCUGAAUAAACUGAUGAUCAAGCAACUAAAUGAUGCACUAGAACCAGGCCAGCCUCAAGUCUACACCCAGGCCAUGUUUAUGUUGACUGCAAUGCUAAUAAGUAGCAAAGACUGUGACCCUCAGCUCCUGCAUCACUUGUGCUGGGGCCCCCUGCGAAUGUUUACUGAACAUGGCAUGGAAACUGCAAUUGCUUGCUGGGAGUGGCUACUUGCUGCUAAGAAUGGAAUAGAAGUACCGUUCAUGAGAGAAAUGGCAGGAGCCUGGCAAAUGACAGUGGAGCAGAAAUUUGGCCUGUUUUCUGCUGAGCAGAAAGAAGCAGAUCCAUUAGCUGCUUCAGAAGAGAGUCAGCCAAGGCCUUGCCCUCCAGAGGUCACACCACAUUACGUCUGGAUAGAUUUUCUGGUGCAGAGAUUUGAAAUAGCCAAGUACUGUAGUUCUGAUCAGGUCGAGAUCUUCUCCAGCCUGCUGCAGCGAUCCCUGUCUCUAAAUAUUGGAGGGGCAAAGAGCAGUUUGAACCGACACGUGGCAGCUAUUGGACCCCGUUUCAAGUUACUGACACUUGGGUUGUUUCUGCUGCAUGCUGAUGUCGUUCCAAAUGCAACCAUUCGCAAUGUCUUGAGAGAGAAGAUUUAUUCUACUGCCUUUGAUUACUUCAGUUAUCCCCCAAAGUUCCCCACACAAGGGGAGAAGAGGCUACGUGAGGAUAUCAGCAUAUUGAUCAAGUUUUGGACUGCCAUGUUCUCCGAUAAGAAGUAUUUAACAGCCAGCCAGCUGGUGCCUCCUGAUAAUCAAGACACCCGGAGUAACCUGGAUAUCACCAUUGGAUCUCGGCAGCAGGCCACACAGGGAUGGAUAAAUACUUACCCGUUGUCCAGUGGCAUGUCAACCAUCUCCAAAAAAUCAGGGAUGUCUAAGAAGACUAACAGAGGUACCCAGCUACACAAGUACUACAUGAAACGGAGGACACUGCUGCUCUCGUUACUGGCUACUGAGAUUGAGCGUUUGAUCACCUGGUACAACCCACUCUCCUCCCCUGAACUGGAGUUGGAUCAAACUGCAGAGAACACCGUGGCAAAUUGGAGAUCUAAGUACAUCACUCUAACUGAGAAACAGUGGAAGGAUAAUGUGAAUUUGGCUUGGAACAUUUCCCCUCAUCUUGCUGUGCAACUGCCUACCAGAUUUAAAAACACUGAAGCUAUUGGAACAGAAGUGACCCGCCUGGUUCGGUUGGACCCAGGAGCUGUUAGUGACGUACCUGAAGCAAUAAAGUACCUGGUUACAUGGCACACAAUUGAUGCAGAUGCACCUGAGCUCAGCCAUGUUCUGUGCUGGGCACCAACAGAUCCACCUACUGGUCUUUCCUAUUUUUCAAGCAUGUAUCCACCUCAUCCUCUAACAGCUCAGUAUGGAGUUAAAGUCCUGCGGUCCUUCCCUCCGGAUGCCAUUUUAUUCUACAUUCCACAGAUUGUACAAGCCCUUCGUUACGAUAAGAUGGGCUAUGUUAGGGAAUACAUCCUGUGGGCAGCUGCCAAAUCCCAGCUUUUGGCUCACCAGUUUAUCUGGAACAUGAAAACCAAUAUCUUCCUGGAUGAAGAGGGACACCAGAAAGAUCCUGACAUCGGGGAACUGCUGGAGCAGCUAGUAGAAGAGAUAACCAGUUCAUUAUCUGGGCCAGCUAAGGAGUUCUACCAACGGGAAUUUGAUUUCUUUAAUAAAAUCACCAAUGUUUCAGCCAUCAUCAAUUUCUAAGUUUGCUGACAAGUUGCCAGAGGAAUAUAAGGGACGGUUUGACACUUUAGUUUGAGGCCACUUCACGGCCUGAACAUCCCUUCAAGCAGCUGUUGACGCUGCUGCUAUGAAUUCAUGGUCAGUGGCCACUGUGAUUUCCAUUAGGUGUUCUUCCUGGCUGCAGUCUUCUGGCAUUGCAAAGAAGUUGCAAAAUGCAACAGAAGAUUUACUCCUCAAAGGAUCUUAAACUAUCUCCCAACAAAACGGACCAUGCUGUGCGCACCCUGAGAGACUCUUGUGCAACAGUGGUGGUAGCUGCUUACCAGUGCCGUUUAACCAUUCAGAAAUUUCCUUACCGGGAUGAUUGGCUACUUUGUGGAACAUUUAGUGACCAGGUCCAAAACAGCAUCCCUGUCAUCAGACAGUUGUUCUUUCGUCUGGGCCUGAAAAAAAAAAAGGACAAAUUACAAUUACAAUCAACACAGUGUAUAACCUUCAUGGGUACAGACCUUGAUGCCAUCACCUCCCCCCGGCUAACCUUCUUAGGGGAGAGCUUUCGCUCUGUAGCCUUUCUUGAAAGCUCCAACAUCAUCCGCUUGUGCCUGCCUACAGCUCCUGGGCCACAUGACCUCACUUUUCCUUUUCCAUGUGAGGAAACUUCACAUGUCAGACUUCAGCUUCGCUGUCUGCAGUGCUGGCUCCAUUCAGUGUAUCAUCCUUCUAGUCACCCUUUGACCACGCAGAUUUGUGUACCUGCUCAAGUGCUUCAGAUUCUGAAUUGGUGGUUAGAUCCACAGAAUGUGUGCAAAGGAGUUUCGUCUCUGUCCCCAGAACCAAUUAUGGCUCUGGUAAUGAAUGGAUCUACCAAAGACUGGGAGACCCAUCUCAGUCAGCUUCAGGCACAAGCUCUUUGGUCACCCCAGGAAGUUUCUUUUCAUUUAAAUGUACUGGAACUCAGAGCUGUUCAUCAAGCCUGUGAGAUGUUUGUCCACCAUCAAGACACAGGUGAUCAAAGUUUUUUGUGGACAAUGCCGCCAUGUUUUAUCUGAACAAGCAGAAAGGUGCAAGAUCAUCUCUGCUAUGACAGGAUGCCAUCCUCCUAUGGAAUCUGUGUAUAAGAAACUGCGUUUCCCUGAAUCUGUUCUCCUUCUAGGAGUGAGAGAAACAACUGUGGAUUCCCUCAUCAGGGAUUUCAUAGUCCAACACAAGUGGUCAGUCAAAGGACAUUCUCCUCUAGAUUUUCCCCCCGUGAGUACCCAGUAAUAGACUUUUACACCACCAACCUGAACAAUAGAUGGAGGAGAUUUUGCCCCACGGCGGGCCACAGCCUGGGCUCCAUCAAAGAGGCUUUCCUUCUCCCUCGGUCCAGUCCAUUUCUAUAUGCUUUCCUCCUGGUUCCUCUCUUUCCAGGGAUACUCAGGAAGCUGAAAAGAGACAAAUCAACAUUAAUCCUCCUGCCACUGGCAUGGCCCUGGAUCUACAUCACCUCUCCAUCUGGUCACUGAUAACUUUUCCUCUAGUCGAGGAUCUCCUGUCUCAGAACCAGGGCAGGUCUCUUCAUCCCAACCUCCAGUCUCUCCACUUCACAACAUGGAUGAUCUCUGGUUAAAUUCUAAUGAGAAAUCAUGCUUCCAAGACAUUCAGGCCAUCUUGGUGAACAGCAGAAAAUAUUCCACUACAGCCACAUACAUAGCAAAGUGGAAGAGAUUUUUAAUUUGGGCACAAUCUCAACACUUACUGCUCUAUCACCCAGAGGUUAGACAUGCUGGACUAUCUUUUGCACUUGAUAUCAUCAGGCCUUUCUGUUAGUUCUGUGAGAGUUCUCCUGGCUUCCAUAUCUACAUUACAUCUGCCAGGGUUUUCCAUUUUCUCUCACCCUCUGGUUUUGUGAUACUUGAAAGGUUUACUCAACACUUUACCCUCCUGUGUCUGAUUCUGGACCUAUAUGGGAUCUCAGACUAGUCCUCUCCAAACAGAUGGGAUCCUCCUUUGGACUUAUGGUGACAGCCUUAUUACCUUUACUGUCUAUGAAGACCAUGUUUCUAGGUGGCAAUCACUUCUGCAUUCGAUUUACUCGAGUGCAUCGGGUGCAUAUAUACCUUCAGAGGAAUAUACAUCUGCAUAACACAUCUCUAAGAACAACAUUUACUUUACAGGUAAGAAACUUUUUUUUAUAUCCUAUACAGUAAUCACAUCCACACUAGGGGAUGCUUCACCUAUAUCUAUCAGUAUAAAAUCAUUCCACCCCCCCCCACCACCGGCGCAACCAACAUACUUAAAAUGCUACAAAAACUGUGUAUAGACCAGGCCUUCGUUAGUUCCUUGAGCAAGGAAAGAAACAUCAGAACUUCUGCUAUUUAUCUUAAUCCUCUAUUUAACAUCCAAACCAAGAAAAAAAAAUCUUUCAUUAAUCAAAGUUUUCAGUCUCCUGCUGUUCAGAUUGAGAUUUCACACAUUAAGCAAAAAAUAAUUACAGUGAACAAUGGAAUAUUCCAAAACCUUGGCUUCAGUUCUGUUGGUACCAACCUUUUCUAUGUUUUUGGCAUUUUGCUGUUAAAACAAGAGACAAUUUUAAGGUGAUAUCACCUUUUGAACUAUAUGUUGUAACUCAAACUGUUUAGCCAUUUGCUAUGUGGAAUUCCUAUGAAUAAUCAUUGUAAUUUUUCUAUUUACGGGAGUUGUUUCUAUAAAAAAAUCAUUCUCCUUAUCUUGCUCUGAAAAAAAAAUUGAACUUUGACCAUGUUUUUUUAAAAAAAUGCCAGAAUUUAAUCUUUAUCAUUAUAUAAUACCUCUAACCCAAAGCUUUCCCUCCCCCUCUUUCCCCAUACAACCACAAUUCCUGCACGGUAGGACAUAUGUAAUAUUUUCACAUCCUUCACCUUUCCCCAGUUGCAAUACUUAAAAGUUUACCCUAUGGCUUAUGUGGAUGGAUUGUGGAAACUCCUGGGAUGUUCAGAAAUGUUUUGUCAUCUUAUAUGUGCAACACUGUCUGAGCCAAGGUUCUGCAGAAGGGGCUGAAAUGUUUUUCAUGGGGUGGGUGAAAUCAGCAGUCUUAUCAGAGAUUGUGCAUCCCCUCUAGUUUUCCCCAUGUUAAGCCUUAUUACUCUUCCUGCCUCAAAUCACGGCUGUGAUCAUCCGUGGCUGAACAGAACUCUGGAGCUUAUAAAUUCAUUGUUUUAUCAACCAGAGUCGCUGUUAAGUGUUGCAAAGUACUUGCUUCCCCUUGUGCUGAAUGGGAACCUGGAUUGAGAAUUCAAGAAUCUUGGUUUAGAGUGUAUGUAUUUGGCAUACAGGGAGAUUUCCUGUUUUGUCUGGGCAGCUUCACAUUAAUCAUGUUAAGUUGUUCUAUAGAGCUUUUCUAUGACUGCCAGGGAAAGGCCAUUUAUAAUUGCACACAGUUUUGGAAUUGUAUAAACUACAAGCACUGAGAAGGGCUGCAGGCCUUUGAGAGGGCUUUGAAUCCAAGGAUUUCCUGGGCAGUUCUGAAAAGGACUUGGAGCCUGCGCAUAUAAGAAGCUGUUCCUCCUGUGAUCAUGUAUUGUGGGCAUGUAGCUCAGCCACUUAAGGAUCUGUUUUAUAUCUUAUGCUUGGCAAACAUGCAGUGCAUUUGCCAUCAGAUCGCUAGAGUGCUAGCUUCACCCGCCCACACAAACUUAGAAAAUAAAAUUAUACUCCAGGUGGCCUUUCAACUGGGGAGAGAAGGGAAAUAGACUACUAAGGCUUGUUGCCAGCUACUAUACAGUAUGUGACUACCUUUCCUAUCCAGUGUUCUGCACAGAGGUAAGAAAAGAGUUUUUAAAAAGGAAAAGGUUCAGACUUGAUACUGAAUUAGUGUGUAUAAAGCUGCAGCAAUGUAGUAAGAGAUUGCUUGUUUCACGUUUAAACAAAC